AUUUCUUAAGUUUCUGAAAUGGCUAGCACAUUAGGCAUUCCCGUAAAGCUUUUACACGAGGCUCUCGGGCAUGUGAUUACUGUUGAACUGAAGUCAGGACAACUGUAUCGAGGCAAACUUGCUGAUGCUGAAGACUCCCUCAAUGUUUCAUUAAAAGAUAUAACCGUAACUGGGCGUGAUGGACGCGUCUCUCAACUUGAUCAAGUUUAUAUCCGGGGCAGCAUGAUCAGAUAUAUUAUUGUACCAGAUAUGCUUCAAAAUGCUCCAAUGUUUAAACGAGUAGGUCCGAAUGCUAUGAGGGGACGAGGUAUUGGUACUGCACGUGGUCGCGCAACUAUCAUGCGAGCGAACGCUCGCCGCGGACGUGGUGGCCCCCCUGGGCCUGGACGUGGCAUUCGUCGCUGAGUUACUGCCUUCCAGCUGUAGAACAUACGUCCUGGGUGGGGCGAUGUAUGCUAGCCG